CGUAAUCUGUAGUAACGUCCGAGAAUCGAUUGCAAGUUCUUCUGACUCUUCGUCAGUACAUAUAAAACGGAGGGAGGAAGGGAGCGAUUGCAAAGUGCUGAAAAGCGUCCCUGACUUGGCCGGUCCCUCCAUACCCGCGCGCCACAUCCUCAAUCCAUUCUUAGGGUUUUCAAAUUCCAACCGCCAAACAAAACAAUCACUCCUUGUACCCUUUGCAUGACUCGGAUCUGUAAUCGUAGCUCCAUUGCCCGAUUCAGCGCUGCCACGCUCCACCACCGGCAAUGUCGCCGCCAAAAGCGUCCACCUCCGCCUCCGGAUCCAACCCUACGACACGUGGCUUUUCGAAGACUCCACACCGUUUGUUUAGGAGAUAGGUUGGCUUAAACUGUAUACAAGGCAUAGUUGUGAAUGGCUCGAGGGGUAGGCUGGGGCAGCCUCAGCACCACUUACAGAGGCACAGAGGUUGCUUUGAACCAUGGGGAUGGUCCUUCGGUGGAGGAAGCUUCCGCCCUGGUUAAAUCUUUGAAGAAGCAAGUUAAAUCUGAUCGCAUGAACCAUAUAAGUAGACGGAUGAAAGAAAAUUCUGAGAAAGUACUUGAUGUUACAAGAAAUUUUUAUAAGCUAUCAAUGGAGAGAAAAAAUCUUAAAAUUAAUUGUGAUGAUGGAACCAUGGAUUUACUUGCAAAGAGACAAAAUGAUGCAUUUGAUUUGCAUGAUGAUCUUGAGACAAGCAAUGGUGAUGAUGAAAGCAGUAGCUCGGAUGAAGAUGGACACCCCGCUUCAGCAGUACUUUUGGGAUUGACUCUUACGGUCAAGAAUGCUGUCUGUCCGAUUAUGCUGCCAGAGGUUAAAAGGUUGCCACCAUACACUACAUGGAUCUUUUUGGAUAGAAACCAGAGAAUGACAGAGGAUCAGUCAGUGCUUGGCAGAAGGCAAAUUUAUUAUGACCAGGAUGGGGGUGAAACUCUAAUUUCCAGCGAUAGUGAGGACGAGACAGGUGAAGAAGAAGAAGAGAAGAAAGAAUUUGCAGAAACGGAAGAUUAUAUUCUGCGGACAACCAUAAAAGCAAUGGGUCUCUAUGAUCUGACACUGGGUUUGUUGAGCAAGUGCUUCUCUAGAUCCCCUUCUGAAAUCAGGGCAAGAUAUGAAGAUCUGAUCAAGAAAGACAAUGCUAUUUGUCACAUGGACACUGGAAAUGCAGAAGGAUCCGAGAAUCCUUAUCUUGAUAAAGAUCUUGAUGCUGCUCUGGACUCAUUUGACAAUCUCUUCUGUCGCCGUUGUCUAGUUUUUGACUGUAGACUACAUGGGUGUUCCCAGGACCUUAUCUUCCCUGCUGAAAAACAGUUGGAAUGGUCCAGUCCAGAUGCGGAGAAGGAGCCAUGCGGCCCAAAUUGUCAUCGAAUGCUUCAGGUCCUUGAGUCAGGUGGCAAUGCUACCAUGACCUCCCAACAGACAAAUCUAGAAGAAAAAGCUGCACCUGGUCAAAUGCAAAGGCGGGAGCUAGUAGGUGUAUCUUUCAGGCAUAAUCCAAGUGAAAUUGCUUCUUCCUCAGAGAUCAGACUGAUUGAUGAUGUCACUUCAUCGGAGAAAAAUACAUCUGUUGGGAAAAGCGGUGGUGAGAAAAGGAGUAGCAAGAGAGUAGCUGAGAAUGUUUUGGCUGGAAAGAAUAAGAUGCAGAAAAAAAGUACAAUGUCGGAUUCUGAUUCUGUUGCCGGUAGCGGUCUCAGUUCUAAAGAUAUGUACACUCAGGGUAGUUCACUUCUGCAAAAUGUUGAUAUGAGUUCUCAGAAUGCUACUUCUAAAGGUUCUACAAAAUCCCAAGGGAAGGAGGCUCCUCUUCUGGAUUCUGAUAAAUCUUUGCAGGUGGAGAGUGCCAGUGUGGCGCUAAAUGAGACUGCAAUGAACCAACCACUUGCCAGCAGCAAUGACACCUUAAAGAAAGACGAGGUUGCCGAUGAAACUUUGGUGAAACAGGAAGUGGUUGACAACACGAGUUGGAAACCACUUGAAAAAGCACUGUACGAGAAGGGCAUUCAGAUUUUUGGUCGCAAUAGCUGUUUGAUUGCAAGGAAUCUUCUGAGUGGGUUGAAAAGCUGUUCUGAAGUGUUCAAAUACAUGCAUCAAUCUGAGAAGAUGUCUCUAGAUGGUGAUGGAAUGACACUUUCUAAUGACUGUUCCAAGGCUGAUGGUAAUGAAAUUGUGGCUGGUGGUCCAAGAAGAAGAUCCAAAUUUCUACGGCGGCGAAAGGGAAGAGCUCGCCGCCUGAAGUACACAUGGAAAUCUGCAGGAUACCAGUCGUAUAGGAAGCGAAUUUCUGAAAAGAGGGACCAGCCUUAUCCGCACUACACUCCGUGUAGAUGCCAAUCGGCUUGUGGUAAAACAUGCCCAUGUCAUGUUAAUCGUACCUGCUGCGAAAAAUACUGUGGUUGUUCAAAAAAUUGCAAGAAUCGAUUCAGAGGCUGCCAUUGUGCCAAGAGUCAAUGUAGGAGUCGUCAAUGCCCAUGCUUUGCAGCUAAUAGGGAGUGUGAUCCAGAUAUCUGCCGCAAUUGCUGGUUAAGCUGUGGCGAUGGCAGCCUUGGGGUGCCUUCUCAAAGAGGGGAUAACUAUGAAUGCCGGAAUAUGAAGCUUCUGCUAAAACAACAACAAAGGAUUUUGCUGGGAAGAUCUGAUAUUUCGGGUUGGGGGGCUUUUCUGAAGAAUAGCGUCAGCAAGCACGAAUUCCUUGGAGAGUACACCGGAGAGGUAGUUUCACACCAUGAAGCUGACAAACGUGGAAAGAUCUAUGAUCGCAUAAAUUGUUCGUAUCUUUUCAACCUCAACAAUCAGUUUGUGCUCGAUGCUCAUCGAAGGGGCGACAAACUGAAGUUCGCCAACCAUUCUCUAGAGCCAAACUGCUAUGCUAGGGUGUUCAUGGUGGCUGGAGACCACAGGGUCGCGAUAUUCGCCAAGGACCGAAUUGCUGCAGGGGAAGAACUGUUUUACGAUUAUCGCUAUGAACCGGACAGAUGUCCAGACUGGGCUAGAAAACUGGAAGCAUCCGGCAGCUCCAAGAAAGACACCAGCGCCCCUUCAAGAGGUCGUGCUAAGAAACACAUUUAACCGGACAACUGAAGUUCGAUUAUGUCUUCCUUUCCUGACAGAAAGAAACAUCGCCCCAGAGCAAACUUAUACUCCUUUAGUCGAGUGACUUGAACUACCGUUUUUCUCUCUUUGACUUCGAACAAUUUCUAAGAAAUGCAUUCAUUCAAUUUGAGUCCCAA